GUGACGGGUACUUCUCUCUUCUUCGCCACAACCAUCCUAGUCAAUAUGGACAAUAUGUUGCCCCUCAAUGCUGUAUCUGCCGUCAUCAUUAUAUCUGGCGAAAUCGGUACCCCUGAAAAUGUUUGGAAAGGACCGGACAUACCAGUUGUCUUGCGCCGCCCAACCCUUCCAUCUCUUGAAAGCGGAAUUCUCGAUGAUGAUUAUGCAAAGAGACCUGAAAACUUCCACAGGCUAGAUGUCCUUGAGCCACAUCCCAAUCCACCUUUCGAACUUCCAUCGGCUGGGAACCUUUCACUCCAUAUCCGGUUGGGGGAAAUGGUAUCAGAAGGGCGCACAGGCAUGGUCUUUGACUGUGAAUGCUCGAUUCCUUGUGGCAAUGAGACACUAGGAUAUCAAAUACCACCGAUUGUGGUAAAGCUUGCAACACAGUACCAUAGUGAAGAUAUGACCAAAGAAGCAAUCAUGUAUGAGGGUCUUCAAUGCUUGCAAGGCUCUGUUAUACCCCGAUGCUAUGGCUUUUUCCAGUUCCGCUCAACUGACUUCUUUGACUUUGGACCAAUGUCCAUUUUACUCCUUGAGAAGCUUGGCGGACAUCUCACUCUUGGUAAACCCUUACCCAAUGGAGCAGAGUGCGUGAUAGAUACUUCAUCAUCCAUCACAUUAAACUCACACCAGCUUUGUUUUGUGGGGGUAAGAUCUGAAUUAGAGAGCUUGUGCAUUGAUUUAGCUUCCCUGCACAUCAUCCACAAUGAUCUACGUUAUGCUAACAUACUCUGUGUUUUGAGCCAAGAGCAAGGUGGACUUCCGAGUCUCCCAUCUCCGAUAUCUGGCAGGUCAUAUCAAUGGAGACUCAUUGAUCUGGAUUGUGCUUAUAGGACUGCUGAAGAUUUAGGGGGUGUUAACACUUAUUAUUAUAGUUACCUCCCCCGGAUUUUGAAGAAUGUUCCCUUUGGUUGCAUUGUUGAACCAUGGGAAUGAUAGGAGCCGUUAGCAAUUUGCUGUGACUGUGUGCUCAUUCAACAUUAGGUGACAAAGAGCCACUACUACAAGUUCGGACUGUCCGCUCCACUUGAAGCCCAGAAA